UCUGAUAGGCGUAUAAAUUAAUUUAUCAACGUUGUAUUUAUAUUCAAAAUAAUUUCUAAAUUAAGUAUUUGUGUUUGGGUUCAAAUUAUGAAAAUUCCAAACUUAACGACUAAGAUUUUUUAAUAAAUUUAUAAGAGGUUUUAUAUUAGUAAUGGCUACUGAGAAUUAUAACUUUAUUAGUGAUAUCUCUCCUAUGUUUAGGCCUUUUGUAGAAAAUAUUUUUCAUAAUUUAAAACUAGGUUUAUGUAAAUCUAGAGUCGACUUGGAAAGAAUUGGUAACAACUCAAUUGAUGCUGAAACUCAGUUUCGUUUGGUACUACCGUACUGUUCGAAAAAAUUAAAGUGGGAUGUAAUAUUUGAUACGUCAACCCCAUGGUUUGCACCAGAUUUUCGUUUCGAUGAUGAUAGUUUUCUGAGCAAUGCUGAUGAAGACUUAUUGACAAAAGGUGUCCCAAGUCUUACAAAAUGGAAUGCCAAUGACCCAAGAUCCCUUAGUGAAGUAAUCUGUGAAUUAGUUAACAUGUAUAAAACUUAUCAGGUGAAAAAAUUAAUUGAAGAUGAAAAUUCACGGGCAUCAUUUGAAUAUAGUGCGUUACUAGGCAAUGCUCUUACUACUGAACAAGAUGUUGAGGUAUGGGUUGGAGGCCAUGUUGUUGAAUUUUUAAUCAAACUAAAACUAAAUUCAUCAAGAUUACCAGAAUUGUAUUAUGAAGGGAUAGAUCAAAAUCCAGGAAGUGAAACAGCCCUUCUCCUUGUUCGGUAUCCUAACUCAACCAAUGCAGAGUUAAUUCUUUCACCUUUUCUUACAAAAGUUUUAGGAAACGUAUCCUUGCCAAUGAUGCAUCAAUCAGGAGUACUUAUGGAUUAUGUUCCAAUGGUAACAGACAUUUUAAACAAUAAGAUUCAGGAUUUGCUCAAUAAUGAUAAACUUAAACGUGAACUAUUAGCUCAACUAAUUGUUAAAUAUGAAGGAGCAGUUUUAGAACAUGAUCCUAACAGUGCAGCUCUCCUAUUUGAAAUGAACGAUUUUCAUUGGAUUCUACAGAUAGAUAUAGGUAUAAAUUUUCCAGAAAAACCCCCAAUUUUGACUCUUCGUUCUGUAUACCACAGUUCUAAAGGCAAGCCUAGAUUCAAGGUUCUUCCAAGUUGUCCAUACAACAAUAUCGAAGGAUAUAUAGAACAGCAAGUUGAAAUAUUUAAAAAUGAAUGUAAAGGAGUAAUUCAAACUCAUCAAGCUUCAAACCUAGACUAAGGAAAAUGUGUUAUUCUUAAGAUUAUUUUGCCAUGUAAUAAAUAUAAUAUGUAUAUUUUAA